CCCAAAGGCUCUCCUAAUGAACGUAUUUGUCAGGAUGACAUAAGUGAAUUUUGUUGUAAGGUCCUGUUUGUAAUUUGUCAUUAGUUAAGGGAUCUUUUUGUUAUUGAAUUCAUUUGUUGCUUUGUAAUUCUUGAGGGGGUUUUCGUGAUUCAAAGUUCAUGUAGCAAUUUACCGGCCUACAUUUGGAAACUUUGAUUUCGUGGUGAAUAGACACAACGGCAGCAAAAUCCAGUGGAAAGUAACUUGUUAGCAAAACCCUAAUUCUCCUUGAAAUCCCUCUUCUCUGUUGAAGUUUGGGUUCAGAAUUGUGAAACCAAACCAUGGCUCGAAACGAAGAGAAAGCUCAGUCCAUGCUCAAUCGAUUCAUCGCGUUAAAGGCUGAAGAAAAGAAAAAACCUAAAGAACAACGUCCAUAUCUAGCCUCGGAGUGUCGUGAUCUCGCCGAGGCCGACAAACAGCGCCAGCAAAUCAUGCGCGAAAUCGGCCGCAAAGUCGCCGAGAUUCAAAACGAAGGCCUUGGGGAGCACCGCCUCCGCGACCUCAACGACGAGAUUAAUAAACUAAUUCGCAAGAAAUCGCACUGGGAGCGACGAAUAGUUGAACUUGGCGGGCCUAAUUACACUAAACAUUCUGCGAAAAUGACGGAUUUAGACGGAAAUAUUGUUGAUGUUCCAAACCCUGGCCGGCGUGGCCCUGGCUAUCGGUACUUUGGGGCGGCAAAGAAGUUGCCAGGUGUAAGGGAGUUGUUUGAGAAACCGCCUGAGUUGAGGAAGAGAAGAACCCGGUAUGAUAUUUAUAAGAGGAUUGAUGCGAGCUAUUAUGGGUAUAGAGAUGACGAGGAUGGGGUUUUGGAGAGAGUGGAGGGGCUUGCGAAGGUGAAAAUGAGGGUGGAGGCAGAGGAGGAGUGGCGAAGGAUGGAGGAGAUAAGGAGAGAAGCUAAGAAGGCCGUCAAAAGUGGGGAAGUGGCAAGUGUUGGGGUUCUGAAGGAUCUAUUGUUUGAGGAGGAAGAAGAUGUGGUGGAGGAGGAGAGGAGGGAGAUGGAGAGGGAGAAAAUUGAGAAGGAGAGGGAGUUUGUGGUACAUGUGCCAUUGCCAGAUGAGAAGGAGAUUGAAAAGAUGGUGGUUGAGAGGAAGAAGAUGGAAUUGUUGAAGAAGUAUGCUACUGAAGGCUUGGUGGAAGAGCAGAAUGAGGCAAAAGCUCUGCUUAACAUUCACCGCUAGAUUAAGAGAAUGACAAUGUUAGUAAGAUUUUGUUUAGCUGUUGUGAAACAAUAGUUGCUUUAUUCAGUUGAAUCCUUAUGCUUUUGCUUAGUUGAUUGGAAAUUUGUUGAUAUAAAUAUUAUUUUUCUUAUUAUAUUUCCUCUACUA